UGUGCACAUGGCAGCUGCAGAGAAGGUGGUUAUCAGCUGGUGAUAAGUUAUCUUGGCCACCUCAGUCGCCACCAGGCUGCCUCCCCACCACUCCCCGCACCAGUCCAAAAGACUAUAGGACGGUGGUGAGGUGUUGCCGGUGGCCCCAUGGACGUGCUGGAGUGCAAGGUGUGCUUCGAGUCGUACAACUCCGUCAACAGGAAACCCCGCUCCUUCAGAUGCGGCCACACCUUUUGUUCAGUGUGUCUGGAGGACAUGUUGGUGCGGGGGUCGUGCUCGUGCCCCCGCUGCCGCCACGACCACAACGCUCUCUCGCUUAACGAUAUCCCUGUUAACUACAGCAUCUUGUCGCUCAUAGAUGCCGUCGAGAGCUCUUCUGUAGACCUGUCAGAGUUGUGUGCACCCGAGGCGCCCGUCAGGACCCCCAAGACCACGGCGGGCGUCUGUGAUGACCACGGCAAUCAUCUAGUUUUCUUCUGUACAAAUUGCGACAAAUUUAUCUGUCGUGACUGUACCAUCCUGGACCACCCGAAGGUGGAUCACAGCGUAAUCACCAUUAAGAACUUGUUAUCCCAGAAGAAAGAAGAAAACAAGGCAGCUGUUGAGACAGUAAAACAGCAGAGUAAACAAGAAAUGGAUGAUCUCCUGAAAUACUUGGAUGAACUACGGGUUGAAACGAACAUGCUUGACAAACUAAAUGAACAGAUUAAGAAGGCGAUGGUGCUGAGUGUGGAGGAGCAGGACCGCGUGAAGCAGGCCAUGACAGCAGCAGACCAGGUGCCGCUCCAGCUAUCGGCCGUCACACGCGCUAUGGACGAGGCUUCAACCUUAGACGAUGUCAACAACGCUGCUACUAGAACCAGGGGCCUUAAGCAGCAUUUUGAACAAAUGGUUAUUGACAACACGACAAGACUUAUGUCUCACGAAAACAGGAACAACUUUCUUAAAUGGCUGAUGAUGAUGAUCUCUGGUUGUGAGGUGCGUGAGGGCGCGGGCGGCGGGCGUGCCAUCUACCUGCUGCAGGAGGGUGAUGGCGCCACCCGCAGCGCGCCCAUCACCCUGCUCCAUGGCCGCCUCCACCUUCACGCUCUCUCUAGUAAACAACCUCCAGACGACGCUCUCGUCCUCCCUUACGGUCGAGUGCGGAGUCUGGUGGAGGCGUCGUCAGCGCUGACCUUCCUGCAGCUGGCAUGGGGUUCCACCAUCACCAGCCGGAUCUACAUCCGUCUUCGAAGCCAAACCCAACGGAGCCAUAAUUUCCUGCUGCUGUGCACGGGUGAGCGCGGGUUCACCUACAGAGGUUCCCACUUCCUCCAGGCGCACUGGCUGGGUCGCUGCGGGGAAUACGUCGAGUGUGGCGACUACGAGCUCGACAACGGGUCCGGGGGCGCGCCUCUGGUAGAUGCUCUUGAGUACGACGGCGAACUGAAGCAACCCAUCGAGUGCGGGGUGGUGAGUGCCAGGAGUCGGGCCACCAAGACCGCCUCCAUGUUCAAGAUCUACACCAGAGAUUCUCCCGGUUAUUUUGACAAAGGUGUCUUCGGCAUGGUGGAGACUGGAAUGGAUGUCAUGAGAGAGGCUCUCACGCAGAAAGACAUCAUGAAUGUUGAAGUGUGGGACUGCGGGGUUGUGAUUCCUUUUUGACAGCUGAUUGGCAUAUAUAACUUAGGGUGACUGCAAUAAAUUUAAAUAAUAUUUAAUAUAUAUAUAAUUCAUAA